AUGAUACAGGCUGGAAAAGUGGACUGUUUCUUUCAUAAAGUGCUUCCCAACCAAAUCAUCGACAUAGAAUAUCAGGUAAUAGAUUCGACACAUGGCGACCUGGACGUGUCUUUCCAGCUCACAGACCCGACGGGACGUAUCCUCGUUGCAGAUUACAAGAAGCCAGAAAACACCCACAGGCACAACGCUGUGCUCGAAGGCGAUUAUCGAUUCUGUUUCGAUAAUAGCUUCAGCACUUUUAGCCAGAAGACGGUAUUCUUCGAUAUACUAAUAGACAAUGAUGAACCAGAGGAGAAAGACUAUGAUGAUGACAAGGAGAUGGAAUUAGGUAACGCAGCUGAAACCUAUAUGAUGAGUGUGAAAGACAUAUCAGAAUCAGUGACCCGUGUCAAAGAGCGUGUAUCUACUGCAAGAAGACUGCAGGAGCUGCAUUCUGCUCACGAAGCCAGGGAUAGGAAUUUAGCAGAAGAAAUGUGUGAUAGGGUCAUGAACUGGUCCAUAUCUCAAAUAUUUUUAAUGAUAUUCGUUGGAAUAACGCAGGUAGUAUUCGUAAAAAGUCUAUUCGAUGACAAAGCUAUGACAUUUAGAAGAUUAAUUCCAGGUUUUUCCAAGUGA